AUUUUAAUAGUGGAACAGUCCCGCAAGCUCCUAUUCCAACAGUGGACUAGUCCUACCUAUUGCAUGAUGGGACAUAUCCUGUGCAGUGGGAAAAUCAAAAUGGCUGCCGAUCGAUCGAAACGGUACCAAAAGAUCGAUUUUCUUGGCGAAGGACAGUUUGCCACUGUGUACAAAGCAAAGGACACCAAAACAGGACAGAUAGUUGCUGUGAAAAAGAUCAAGUUGGGGCAAAGAGCUGAAGCUAAGGAUGGCAUUAACAGAACAGCACUUAGGGAAAUCAAGCUCCUUCAAGAACUCAGUCACACAAACAUAAUAGGGCUCUACGAUGUGUUUGGGCACAAGUCGAACAUCAGUCUUGUGUUUGACUUCAUGGACACAGAUAUGGAGGUUGUUACUAAGGACACCAGCAUUGUGAUGACAGGACCACACAUUAAGGCUUACGCCAUCAUGACAUUAGAGGGGCUGGAAUAUCUGCACAACAACUGGAUAUUACACAGGGACUUGAAGCCCAACAAUCUCCUGGUGAACAGCCAGGGAAUUCUGAAGAUCACAGAUUUUGGUUUGGCCAAAACAUUUGGCAGCCCAAACAGGGUCUAUACACACCAGGUGGUCACUAGGUGGUAUCGAGCCCCCGAGCUGCUGUAUGGAGCUAGAAUAUACGGUACAGGAGUGGACAUGUGGGCGGUGGGCUGUAUACUGGCUGAACUCCUGCUCAGGGUUCCUUUCCUUCCUGGGGACUCAGACAUCGACCAACUUAGCAAGAUUUUUCAGGCGCUGGGAACUCCCUCUGAGGACACCUGGCCUGGCAUGAAGUCCCUUCCAGACUACAUUGAGUACAAGCAGUUCCCAGGUACACCCCUGAAAGACAUCUUCACUGCAGCGGCUGACGACCUGAUCUCACUGCUGGGGAAACUGCUGUGUCUCAACCCCUCACAGAGAUACAACUGUUCUCAGGCCCUACAGAUGCCAUAUUUCAGCAACAAGCCGGGUCCGACACCCAACCCCCAGCUUCCCCUCCCAUCCGGAACAUCUGCAGAGAUCCUCAUGGAAGACCACAAGGUCAAAGUCGGGGUGAAGAGGAAGCUACCGGCCGACAGUGACCCAACACUGAAGAAGAAGCUGGUAUUCUGAUCUUCCACCAAAGGAUGCAAUAGGACCAAUGCCUUAUGAUUCCUCAGCACAUGAAAGUCAGGUAUUUUAUAAUUAUCUAUAAGUGCUCUGUUGGCACAUUGUGCAAUGAGACACUGCCCAGGAAAAAUACUUAUUAUAUAAUAAGUACAUGUUUAUCAUGUGCUCUAUCUUUUCGGGUGCCAAUGAACUGUAUAUCUCGAGCAAUAUUGCUACAUGAAACUAAGUUAUAUAUCAGUAUAAAAUGUGUGCAUCUAUGAUGAUAUGGUUUGUUGGGAAAAAGAGAGAAGUGGAAAUUCAUACAUUUGAAAUUAUCAGAACUGAUUUCAUAAUUAUUAAGAAAUGUAAGCAUAAGCAGUACGCCAGGAUAUUGAAUUAUAAAGAAUUGUGCACAAUUUUUUCGGCAGCAAUUUAUAUCAGCACCUCAUCAGGGUAAAGAUGAUUUUGGAUUGUUUGUAUUUUUUUCUUUGUACAAUAGUUUUGUGACACUUUUAGUUUGUUGUACUGUGUGUACAACUAUGUUUUCUUGGUCACAAUGAAUCAAUCAUAUGAAUGAGAGGUUUAAGAAAUAGUAUUUGAUUUAGUAGCAAAUUUGUGUUACGUGAAAUACAAAAAAAAAUGUAAGUUAUGCACUUGUACUGUCUUGUAACACUAACACCACUGUUGUCUUUUAACAACAGUUACUUGUAACUACAUUAAUUCCAAGGUCCGAAUCCGGUAUUUCAAUUUCCAUGUGGUUACCCAAGUUAUCAGCUGGUCCGGAACACCUGCAUUGAACGUUACUACAGAUACCACCAUAAAGGCUACUGUACUGUAAUGUACAGUAACUGUAAGAGUAACUACAGAGAACACUUCCAAAUCAUGUAAGAAUGUAAAACACCAUUUUUUAUUGUCACUGACCACAAUACUGACUGGGGUACAAAUAUUAACUGUACACUAUGUGUAAUAGUGUAAUGGUCCAUACAAGAGUAACAAACAUGUUAAAAAUUGAAGAACGCUUAAAUUGCUAGAUGGUUACAAAAUGUAGGUGAUUUCACACUUUUGUAUUUAAGGACAAAAGUGUCCAGAUACAAUGUAUUAUACAUGUUAGUAAACAUGGAUGAUAAACAAUAAAGCCAUAAUUUUUUUUCAUGUCCAAA